AGUCAGUGUAAAAGGUUCGGAUCCACUGUAGUAACUGAGGGCCGAAAUUUAAUGCCUCCAAGGUCUUAAAAAGGAAGUUCCAGUCGACGGUGUCAAAAGCUUUUUUAAAGUCCACAAAAAUCGCCAUGCCGGGAAUGUUUUCUAGCUCAGUUAUCUUCAUGAUAUCAUUAAUGAGUCUAAUGUUCUGUCCUAUAUAGCGGCCCUUGACAUAGCCAGUUUGGUCGUCGUUUAUUAAUUUGGGGAGGACUUUAGCGAUUCUAUGGGCUAUAGAUUUGGUUGCUAUUUUAUAGUCGACGUUAAGUAACGUUAGCGGUCUCCAAUGUUCCAAAUACAACCUGUUCUUGCGUUUUUUCGGUAUGACCUUUAUUAUGCCUUGUCUUUGUGUUAUGUUGAGUUGUUCUACUUUAUGAGCAUAGUUAAAGCUUUGGACCAUCUCAUCACCAAGUAGAUGCCAGAAGUGCAAAUAGAACUCAACUGAGAGACCGUCGCUGCCCGGACAUUUCUUUUACUAAAGUGUACAAGAAUGCCCCAAGUGUAUUUGUAUCAGCGAAUCACACUUCCAGUGGGGGAGGUCUGGAUCCCAUGCACAACUCCAUAAACGCUUGGGUUGAGGUGAGUCAGAGAUCUGCGUAGUUAAGGGCUGUAAAAUAACUUUGAGGUGUUAGCGCCCGCGUUAGCGGCGCGGGUAUUUGUGAACUAACUGAAUUGUUGAACUUUUGUCAUGGCAAUAAACCAUUUAAGGGUUGUUCCUAGGAAGGGUGCAAUCGAGUCACGGCGUUCAAAAUAAGUGAACCAACAGGCAGAGUGCAUUUCUUAAAAUACCAGCGCGGCGGAGCGCGAAGUAAGGGAUUCGCGACGCUCAGGAAUGUAUCAAAGUUGACUUUUUUGACAAGAUUGGGCACGCAAAGUCUGUAGGUUUUCGGUUUUAUUUGGCUAUUUGACGAAGUGAGAACCGAAUUAGUUCGAGAUAUCUCGAGAUCACUUCGAUUUCUUUGAUUUAUUCUUUAACUUUUUCGAGGAAGAAAAGAUUAUUAUUUUGGCUUUCCCGGGGUUUGAACCGACUCGCCUGUGUGACCCGUCAGAUUAGACGAUUGCGCUACUGCCACCCAGGGUAGUUCGAAAUACGAAAAAUAGUUAUGAAAUGAUGCACUAGUUUCGAGAGAAGCUUGGGCGUGCAAGUUCGAGACUUUUAGGCUUGUUUCGGCUAUUUCACGAAAUGAGACCGGACUACUUCGUGAUAUCUUGAGAUCACUUCGAGUUUAGUCUUUAAUUUACUCGAGGAAUAAAUAGAGGAUAUUACGUGGCCACGCAGAGACACGAAAUUUCUCUUCGAGUGUUGAAAAACAUUUCACGAGUGAGACCUCCUUUCGAAUUGUUUUAUGAUGAAUUUAAAGUUCCAAAAGGCUGCACAAAGACAUUUUGUCUUUGUUGAGUGUCACGUAGUAAAAUUGCUUUCAUGCGUUGCGUGACUUUCUCGAACGUUCUCUGCUUUUUUGGAUUAUUUAUGAAUAAUUAAUUAGGGCAUGUUUACAUUUCAGCAUGAGUCAGUAGAUUUGCAUCCGUUACUGAAAUCAAAAAUAUGUCGAAGAGCUACUACUAUUCGCCUGUUUAGAAUUUUCUACAACCUUAUGUGAAACGGUAUACAAGUUCCAAGCGAGUUCUUUUGACGAUCUAAGUUUUUUCCCACGAGCUGGACUGCCGUGUUUAGUCAAGUGUGACGAAGGUCGAUUUUCAAGUUCUGUGUUUACAAGUUGGCGGAGGCCUUGAGAUAUAUGAAGUUCAAGUGAGUGUUAGUUAUUAUUGGCUGAGGUUGUUUAGUUGUACUUAAGUUCAAGUCAAGUUUGUGUUGGCGGAUGCUGUGUUUUAAAGUUCUGUAAAGGCUAUGCUUCUUUGUUAUUAAACUUCCUUGAGUUAAUCCGACAUCCCUGCUUGCUAAAAGUCAGUGAAUAAUUAUCCUAUUGACUCCUUACCCAUGCCUUCUUACAUACUUUAAUCAGUACAUGAGACUGCUAUGCUGUUUUUGAAGCCUGAUGUGACUAAGAAAAAUAGAGAAUUCUUUUUCCACUGUCUGUUUUGUUGGACUGAUUGAGCUAUUUUGAAAAAAUAGCUCAUAUGUCAGGGGUGUGAGCGUAUGUAUCUUUGUGGCCUUGUAACUUUGUAUCUUUGUAACUUUGUAUGUUCGGAUGUUUGUUGCAAGAGCCAAUAAGGUUGAAGGUACUAUUAGUUGAUGCUUAGGAACCAAUGAGAUCUUAGCAUCUACUUAAACAUGACAUUGGUAAAGGUCGAACAAGGGCACUUUGAGACCGCCAUUUUGAUUCUUCACAAUUUUUUCGUCUUUUAUAACGGCUACAGGUGUUUGGAAGAAUUACAUUAAAUAUCUUCAUGAUUCAAACGCUGUGUACAGUGAUGCAGCUGUUUAAGGGUUCAUAUUUUAGUGUGGAUGCUGCUUCAAGGCAUUUCUGACCUGAUUGGGCUAUCGGUACAACGCACGUCAGUAUGAGUUCUGUUUCACCCGCUACAACUGGUAGAGUAUAAAAGAUCAUAUAUUUUCAAAGCUCUUCCAAUGAAGCAAUAAUUGAUAUUUAGAUAUAGACUUUAAUUCGAAAGUAUGCGCCCUAUAAAAUGUGGUUUUAGAAGUUUAAAAAGGCAGCUUAUUUUUGUGAAAGCUGCACCGAGUAUUGUUAAUCCUGUAAACAAGCUUUAAAAAUAUCAUUCUCUCGCUUACAAAGUUCAACAGACCUUUUUCGUUCUGGCAAAACAAAAAAAAAAGAAUAAUAAGUGAACAACAUAAUACAUCCUUCCUGCAUACUAAGUAUUAUAGUUUCUGAAACCUACUUUAUUUAGUAACGAUGAGUAACGUAAGUAGAAACAGUAGCGUUAGGGAAUAAAAUUGGAAGAAGCUAGUUGACACAAAAUUAGAUACUGUUGAAUUGAGUGGAGUAACAUGAUACAAGUAGAAAUAUAUUUCGGCAGUUUGAUAAUUUUCUUGGUAGUUAAUAAAUGUUAGGCUAUCAACCUUGACGUUGCAUGAAACAUAAUUUAAUUGCAGGUGUUGUAAUAAAGCCGAGGUGAUUUCUUAAAAUCGCUUGAGAAAAUUUUGUAGUGAAACAAUUUGCCUUUUUUUUUACGUACGAAUUGUAAAAGGGCCAAAGACCAACAUCUCCACAUGCAAAUUGUGUGCAUGAGUUAUUCCUAUAAUUCUGUUUACUAGAUUACCGUGUGAUAACUCGAAUUCCCUCACGUACGAACCACGAAAGGGGGCAAAGUCCAACACUUUCACGUGCCAGCUGUGUGACUGUACAUCUCAUGCAGAUUGGCUUUUCACAAUGAUAAAUGGUAACUUGAACGUAUGAAGACCUGUUUCGUUUUGUAACCAAUGCCUUAAAAGAGGCUCUUGUCUUUUAAGAAGCAAUAGCUUUUAAAACAUGAAGAAAUAAGUUGUCGGAGUUAAAGACUGUUUCACUGAGUAGAAUCGCACGUGAAAACCUCGUGAAUUAUGAUGAUGCAACCAUCUACCACAAUGAUAAAAAUCCUGGUAUUUCGUAACUAUUCAGUAUUCGAUGAGUCACAUUUUGGCUUAAGAAACUCCGCGGAAACCUUAGAGUUUUCCUUCUAAUCAACGUUUGGUGAGUAGAAAUUUAUUUUACAUAUACUUCAACAAUUUGUUUAACUUGCACCAGAUGUAACAGGAAAAGACAGAGGAAAGUGAAUAUAUAGGUUGAGGAUCGACUCAGCUUAGCGUUUCGCGUUUUCAUUUAUGUAGCGCAAUACCCAAUUUCGCACAAAAACCAAAUCUACAUUUAGGAUGAAAAAGGUAGAUUUAUCACUCUUGGUAAGGUUACGCCGAAGUAUUAUAGUUACACUGAAGUAUUCAAAAUAGCUCAUGCACGUUUAACGUGCCUAUGUUUAUUCACUGUCAGUAACCUCAUAUUUGACCUACAGUCCCAGACAAAAAUAGUUGGGACACUUAACGCAAACCCCUUUUUUUCCUUUCCUGUGCUUCCCUUUUCCCUCCCAAUGUUGUUUAUUGCGAUUCAGUCGGCAAAUCGUGUACACCAACAUUGAGAGGAGAAGAAGACACAAAAACGUCCCAACAAUUUUGACUGCGACUGUGUUUUAGAGGAAUUUUGGGAAUGUGACUACUUGAUGGGUGUACUGGCGGGAAAUCAUGAGGGAUAUGUACAUAUGUGUAGCACUGUUUCGCGCACUGCAAAAAAGACAUUUAACGGUAGAACACAAUCAGAGCAUGAAAUAAAGUGUCUUUAUUUUAUUACAAGCCAUAUUUCGAGAUUUUCAUGGGAAAAAUAUUUGCAGUGUAGAAAGUUUUUCAGGUAUGCUGAACUCGUGUCUUGAAAUGUUGUCAUGAUUGGCAAAAAGGGCCAAAAAGUACAUCUUCCUGCUCCGAAAACGCACUUCUCUCAGGACAUCGAGUUUACCCAUGAUACUCCGAUUGUUUGUACUAGUAAAGAGGAACUCAGUUUAGUGCGCGGCAGAGUACUUGACGAGAGGGAAUCGCAGAUGAUGAGAGUUCGUUGGAAGGUUUUCGCCCUACAGAGCCCAAUUCCCGAGGAAGAGCAACGAAUUACUCCUAACAGCCCCAAUUGUUUUGCCAAACUGAUCUUCCCGCAAAUCUAGUGAAGGGAUGGUGACAUGUUUAUCGGGUCACCAUCACGGGUCACCGUACUUUACCGGGCCUUUACUAUCACCUGUUCAGUAAAAACAAUUGAAUCAAAAAGUCAAAGACAAGUGUGUUUCACACAAAAAUGAAAAUGCCCGUAUUCAGCGCUGUUUGAUACACACAAGAAAAUUUAUGUACAUUUGGAGCAUGGUGACACAGUUUUUCGGUUUAAAAAGAAACAUGCUAUUUUGUUAAUUACAUUAAAGUACGGUGACCCGUGUACACUCUAGUGCACCGCCUGUUUUUGGCAUUAGCAGGGCAGAUUUUCUCGUCUUUUCCGAUGAGUCAUCAGUUUUACGGAUUUUCCCUCUUUUAUGGCAGAUUUUUGGUGUUGUAUGACUAUUUCAUUCCGUGUAUAUUUGCUCAUAAGUUUGACAACCGAUGUCACCAUUUGGUGUUAAGCCAAAAUACUGUGUAAACACAACAUCUCGAAACUUUGCGAUUUAACACCUGCUCUUUUGUGUAGCUAUGAUCUUGAGAACUUUCUUGGUGUUUGACGCUUUAAAAGGAAAAAAAAAAAACAUUUUCAUCAGCUCGAAGAAAAUGGUACAUAACUGAUGUUUUUGGGAUAGUAGAGCAACUUGAACACAUGAUUGGUAUAUUUAUUCAUAUUGAAGCACACGCGUACCAUGUCUGUUGUGUUUACUUAAGAAUUUAUAAUGUCAAGAGCGUUGACAAGUGAUACAGUUUAGUUUAUUGUCCCUCACAUAAGAAGUUUCCCCUUUCAGUUAGAACUAUACUGUUAGUACAGCAAGGAAAAUAUUGUUUAAUACAUUUGUAACAUUCAAUAUUUUAUUCGCCCUCCCUUUACAGCAAUAAGCUUUAAAAUACGGCGACGACAUAGAGGAAAUAAACUUAUUAAUAGUCCCUAUUGGUAUGGAAUAAAAGGUGUUAAUAACUCGUUCCUCGAACUCACUAUACGACUCCCUCGUUAUUUGGCGUUCAGUGGCCUGUUUCUCUAGUUUACACAGGGAAAGAUUUUCAUGGCAAAGAACGUCAGCACAUCGCGCUGGAAACUUUAGUAAAUUUGCACGGGUUCUCCUCAGGGCUGCUUUAGCCAACACGGAAUUCUGACAUGGACAAUUGUCUUGUACAAAUAAGUUGUCUCCCCCCUUAUCUGUCUGCAGAAACAUUCCCGGGAAAUAUUCAUCGAUAAAAUUGGCAAAUAAACGGCCAGUCAUUUUCCUGUAUGGAUAACAAGCAAUUAUACCCUUAUCGUAAGAUAUAGCUACUAUAAGUCUCACAUAUCUUCCGCCCGUUCCUUCUUUCUUGCCUUUUGCCAAGCAGCCAGUUGUAAGACCUUCGCCACGUUUUCGCCAUAUUCGUGCCUUGGGAGCCAAAGCCUGAUCCAAUGGAUUUCUCUUGUACACAUAAGACACACAAUCCAGAUAGAAAGCGAUUCGUUUAGUCCAGACGUCGGCUCCAUAGUCUUUUCUCAUUCGUCGCGCAAACUGUAGCCUUUUCUUCAUAUCUGUGACUGUUAGAACACCCUUUUCACGCGCUGGAAGAUAAUAGUACCCUUGCGAAUUCAGAAAGCGAGACACUGUUCUAACUGAUACAUCUUUGACAGAAAUACCGGCUUCUUGCAUUAUUCUUCGACACGAAAAAUUGCCCUCUUUCUCUCGAAAUCCUUGAAUGGCUCGCACCAACUGCCUCCCGUCUCUUGCGCGUAAUUUCACAGGUCGUCCCCGUCGUAUGUGUUCCUUACAGUCUUUGUUACCGAGAACGCUUUCUUUUUUGAUUCUCCACACGCUUAUUGCGAUUCAGUCGGCAAAUCGUGUACACCAACAUUGAGAGGAGAAGAAGACACAAAAACGUUCCAACAAUUUUGACUGCGACUGUAGGUCUAAACGUUUACACCCAAGUCAAAUUUAGAAGGAUUUGUAUGGAGUCAUCAGAGCAUAACCGGGCUAGUAUCUCACAGACAAUUUGUCCCGGAAAGCUAGUUUUUGGUAAGUAGGCCUCUUGGAUAUUGCUCUUUUCAGAAUAUCCUGACAAAUCCCAUACUUUCACAAAUUGACAUCUUACUCUUACCAUAUUUAAUUUCUUACUAUUCCUUCGCAUUUACUUACAUUUAUUUACAUUUAAUGCACUCUUAUCGUCACAUAUCUCAUUUUUUCAGUAUAUCAACACAACAGGAGCUCGAGUGUGUUUAAAAGAGUUGUACGAGUCAAAGUACGACCCUCUCUCAGUAUCAUAUACUGUCUUGUCAGGUAAGAACGGGUUUAUGAAAUUCUCGUUUAAGAAACAUAGAUUUUACUGAUUGAUCACAACUAAUUCAUUGUGAAUGCGUACAGAGAUAACUUAAACGAGGGUCAUUUCAUUAAAAGAAGGCGAUCAUUUUGAAUAUUAGUGCUGGAAGUCGUUCAGUUUUUUUGCUACUGAUUAUCCUAUUUAAUCAGUAGAUAAGCAAGACAAAAAAAAAAUGAAUAACGGGUUUCUAGAUGCUCUCAAUUUUGCGUCGUUAGUUUUAUUUUCCUCUUUCCCUUCUGAUGAGCGGAUCGGCCGCACAAACAGUUGGGAUGAUGUUUGUGAAGCUGCUUCGUGCCCAGUCGGUCGCGAUGCUUGGUCCCAUUUCUUGGGCUUCGCAAUUGUUCCGUUCUCCCCACUAAGCCUUUUGAAAGCCUUUGCAGGAGGCAGUCUGUGAGGGAACAAUUAGCAAAGGUGUGGGGAUUUCUAAACUGCACAGUCGUUUUAUUUCUUUAUCACAGAUAUUUGCAAGCCAGGAUGGAGUUAUUUUGGUGGCUACUGUUACUUCACAAGUUGUGCAUGCGCCCGGUGGCUGACCGCUGAAUCAAACUGUUCUGCGAUGAGUUCCAAUUUGGUAACGGUUCACAAUCAAGAAGAAAAUGUCUACAUUCAACACCGUCACAACGGAGAGAGAUCUUGGAUUGGACUCAAUGACCGAAGUGUGGAGGGCUCCUUUGUGUGGUCAAACAAAGAAAUAAGCAAAUUUAGGUUCUGGGCCCCACAGCAACCGAACGACUGGAAAAACCAAGACUGUGUCCACACUCUUGGAGCCAAGCAUGGUUACACUUGGAAUGAUGUGUCUUGUCAUAACUGCUAUAACUACACCUGUUUUAAAGGUACAAGGCAUAACUACAAGAUUUAUAUCUAUGUUAAUUGCUUUGAGCCAGAUAAAGGGGGUAAUUUCAUUUAUCCCAUGAUGCAUCGCUUCAUAUUAUAUUAUCAACCUUCCGAACGCACGUGAUGCUAUCAGUUCAACAAGGAUGUGACAGUUGAACAGCAGUGGAAAGCGACUUGUUUUGCCGAUAAAACUUUCUGUACCUUUGCUGUGUCGAUCUAUUUACGAUUUUGGUUUUACUAUUCCAACUAUAUCCGCACUUGUUAAGUGAAAGAGAGUGUUUUGGCCGCCGACUAUGAGUUAACUAGCCUUACGAUAGCAAGGCAGUCCACGCAAAUGUUCCUAGAAGCUAGCGAGGAAGGUCUUUGCUUCAGUACGUCCUGUUUUAACGUGCGUUGAUAAAGUUCUCCAUGAAUUAACAAGUGAUUUCCACGUACUUGUGAUGAAAUAAAUACAUAUUCAAGGUGUGAGAUUUCCCUUCGUUGCUUGUUUGUGAUCGCGGUGCCCAACCGUACGGUGACCGCACAUGCUUUUACUUCAACAAGCUCGGCUUAUGCAGUCGAAAAUACCGAGACCCUUAAAGUACAAAGUGAUGUCUAUCGAAGAUAAAAUUCAAAGGAGUGGAACAGCUCCAACAAAUAACAAAGACAUCUCUAUAUUUUUCGUAACGCAACACCAGCAUCAUUAGCAAAUAAGCAUUAAGCAUUAAGCAUCAUUAUCAAACAUAAACAGAAAAAAGCUUUAUAAAGAAAUGGCAAAAUACAUAUACAAAGACGCCCACUUCUUCGCUACAAUGGAUCGAUCCUAAAAGAAUUAUCAAAAUGUCUUUAAAGGUUUUAUACGCCAGUUGAGGUCCUACGGCAUGCUAUUCCAUGAAAAUUGCUGGCCUGUAUAUUUCAAGUUCGCCACGCGCGGUUGCGACCGGAAGCCACCAUUAGAAACCAAUUUUACCUAAAAUAAUGAGACAAAAAAGCUUUAAUACUAUAACCCAUUGAAGUAAACUUUCAUCAUACCCUCAAGAGAUAAUAUUUGUGUUUUGAUCAGCGAAAAAGGAGCGACUUCAAGAAAAAAUGUCUCAUCUUCGCAGGACUUAGCAUAAAGAAAUUGAAACCUUCGUCUUGCACAUUAGCGGAGAAAGGGCAGAAAAAGCGAUAUUUCAAAACGAUCAAACCCAUAAAAAUCGCGAGGUCGAAAGAGGUCGGAGCGUGGAACUAGUAUCAAGCACCCCUUGUCCGCCGAUUUAAAUAAUUGAUUAGGGCAAAACGUUGCUAGAAUAAAGACAGUUUUCGAUAAUUGAAAGUCAUCUAAAUAAAUAUUCACUUGCGAGUUAAAGUAGCAUGGCUUAACAGGGUCGUAAACGAGAGCAAUAAUGCUUGAAAUGACCAUGGAAACAUUUUACAUUAUCAAUCAGAUGCCAAAGAUUAACAGGGCUCAUUGAAACUUACCUUUGAUGAGGUGCAUCUUGAAAUUCAGGUCAUUGAAAAUCUCCCUCGAAACCCUCGAACGCUCUUUCCACCGCGGAGAGAAGACAGAAAUUAGCCGCGAAGCAUCAUGGGAUAUAUGAAAUUCCCCGCUUUGAGCCAGAUAGUGCUUCUAGACAUUUUUAAAACUGCAUUUAUAGGUCGUAGCAAAUACAGAAUGCAGUUUUAAAAAUGUCUAGAAGCACUAUCUGGCUCAUGACAAUUAACAUAGAUAUAAAUCUUGCAGCGAUGCCUUGUACCUUUAAAACAUAAUGGAAGACUAAUAACACCCAUCAGACUAACUGAAGUCAGAGUACUUUCAGUAUUGUAAACAUUGGGGACUACCAUACCAGUGUCCAUAUACCGAAACAUGGCCGAAAAGCCUGAAAUCGGUAUCACAAAUUGAUUUAAAGAAAUAUUGGGAGUCGAAUUUACAUUCCACCAUUUUAUCCGGGAAAACGUUCCGUUGGCGUUCGGCGGAUAUUUUUUACUGGAACAACGGGAAAUGUCGAGCUGACCUCUAUUUUCUUUUCAAGACACUCUUUUGCAGAUGUUUAACGACCCUUUUCCCAUGUCCCUUCCUUCACAUAUUUUAUUUUCCCUUGCUGGUGCGUGUUGAUUACUCAACUACACUACAGUAAAUACAACUGUACUUUUUAAACAAGCUUCACUGACUAAAAAGUCAUUUAAUUUCUACGAGACGUCUCUGUGUGCCUUCUUUUUUAGACUUGGAUGAAUGUACCACUGGUUCCCAUUCCUGUGGCGUCAAUUCCGUGUGCCAGAAUACCGUGGGUUCAUACACAUGCUCGUGUAAUGCUGGGUACACAGGAGAUGGAAAACCUUGCAAUUAA